AUGGACGGAGCUCAUGGUAUGGCGUACAUCGCGCCAUCGCCUUCGCGUCCCAGGCCCUAUCACAGAAUCACAUCUUCCCCGGGUGAGCUGGCUCUGAUCCACGAGGCAGAGCGCAACAUUCAGCACAUGCUUGUGUGGAAUUAUUACAGGCGUGAUGCAGCAUGGAGAAUCAUGGAGAUGAAAGCCGAAGGAACCAACCUCAACUGCUACGACUCACUCCUUGUCAAUUCAAAAGGACGUCGCUUUUGCCGGCAUCCAGAUUACAAGACGCUGAAUGGGCUGACACUGGACGAGACCGGCUGCGCAAUCGAAGAGGGAAAUGAUGGUAUUCCGUGCACCCCCACUGAUACUGACUUUGAGAUUAUCAACACUCAUGGGAGGCCGUGGAUCAUGCUGAAUGUGUUGAACGUCGCAUUUGAGCACGCGCUCAAGUUCACAAUUGAUGACCACAAGAUGUGGGUGGUCGCUAAUGAUGGGGGCUUUGUUGAGCCUCAGCUGGUAGAUCUCGACCAGGAGGGUGCUGAUUACGCCAUGCGUUUCGUUUCAGCGAGCACGCAUCAGAACCUCCUUGGGAUAUCUAUUCUCAGAUAUCCAGCCCUGCGUUAUCCGCCACAUGGUGCGCCAAUGCCUGUUCCUAGCCCACUCAGUGGCUCUCAACCAUGCGUGGAACCUGAUGGCACAAUGAUCUCUUCGUGCAAUACGACUGAUGUCGAAUCUCUGGCACCAUAUCCCCCUUCGGCACCCCCGCCAUCCAACAAGACGUUGCACUUCAAGAUCGACUCUCACCCAUCCAAGUAUGAGAAGCAUAUCACUGAAUACGUCCUUAACCAAAAGCCAUUUCAGCUGUACAGGGCACAGAUGGCACCUGCCUUGUUUGUCGAGGACGUGUCCCAUGUCGGUCCACCCGUUGUAGGGGACUUGCCAUGGGGGACAACGGUGGACGUGAUCGUACAGAACACAGCCAACGAGACGAUCCCACUCUACAAGCACGGCGAUCCAACGGCCCUGCUUGGCUCGCGCCCUAAUGAAACAUGGGACUGGCAGACUGUGGGGGAUGCUAUCAAGGCUGGGGUCAAGCUGAACCUGAAAACCCCGGCUUAUCAGUUGGUCCACGAGGUUCCACCAUUGGGCUGGGCUGUACUUCGGUGGCAGAUCCUGGUUCGUGGAGCCACAAUGAUGCAUGCCGCGAAGUUUAAGUAUUACGCUCUGGGCAUGGCUGCGCCGUUGCUUGAAGGCAUGGACAACAAUACCCACGCCGAGAUCCCUGACGAUGCUCGAAAUCUCCCUCAUGUGGAAUUCGAGCCCAAGAAUGAUGGCAUCUUUGGUUGA